CUAGCAUCGCAAGUUCCCGUUAAAGUUAGAAACGUGAAUAAGUUUAAUGUGAAAAUUACAUGGAGUCCGAUACAAAACAGUACAAUGGCAAAACAUACGUGAAAAUAUAGUUUCCUUACAUUUAAUCUUAUAUACAAAAUGAAAAAGUCAGAGUCGCUUCAAAGGUCUAAAAUCUCGUUCAUUGUAGUCAGGCACUCUACGGAUACUUUCUGAACCGGAAAUAUGUUAAACCAGUCACACGAGACACAAAAGAAAAAGUGUAACAGGGCUACCAUACAUUUUGCAUACAAGUAAAACUUGUUAUAGUCCUAACAGACCAAAGCGGAGUUUAUAAGUGGUGUAACAAGAAAAAGUCAUAGCCAUGAACAGGCACACAUGAAUAGUCAUAACAGCAGUGUUAAUAAAUAACCAUAAUCUAAUUUUGCUUUUCAUGUCUUUAUGACCUAUUGCAAGCUGAUAAGAUGCUAACUGGCAGUAAAACGUAGCUAACGUCAGAUCUUUCCAUAGUCUCCAGGCGUUACCCAUACAAAGCGUCCUGCUCCUAUUGCAGGCUGGGAUUUAAACAGUAGAGACUUCGCUGUGUUUACCAUGGGACUAACAGUCGGUGAACGCCUUAAAAAAUGGAUCUUUCAAGCAGUUACUGGGGUGCUAUACAUGCUUUUUCGGUUGCUUUCACGCCAACGCCACGAUGGAGCCUUAAAACUUUCACCAAUCAGAAACCCACUGCUCAAAUUGUCUGCAGUGCAGCUGGCAGAGAAAAUUCGCAAAAGAGAGGUGUCAAGUGUAGAGGUGGUGCAGGCCUUUAUUGACAGGAUCCAGGAGGUGAAUCCACUCCUAAAUGCAAUGGUUAAUGACAGAUUCUCUUCAGCCCUGUCGGAGGCAGCUCAUGUGGAUCAGCUGAUUGAGGAGCACACUGGGGGUGAGGAAGUACUUCAGGAACAACUUCCUCUCCUGGGUGUCCCUUUAUCUGUCAAAGGAUCCUUUUUCCUGCAAGGAAUGCCCUGCUCAGUGGGGAUGAUCUCCAGAGCUGGGGUGAUUUCUAGCGAGGAUGCACCCCAUGUAGCCUUGCUGAAGAGAGCUGGAGCCAUUCCACUGGGUGUGACCAACACCAGUGAACUCUGUAUGUGGAUGGAAACCAGCAACCAUCUACAUGGAAUUACCAACAACCCCUACGACAUAGGCAGGACAAGUGGAGGAAGCUCAGGUGGAGAGGGAAGCAUUGUGAGCAGUGGCGGCUCUGUGAUUGGGAUCGGCUCUGACAUCGGGGGCAGCAUCCGCAUGCCCUGCUUCUUUAAUGGCAUAUUCGGACAUAAACCGACACCAGGAAUAAUCUCUAAUGUUGGUCAGCACCCAGCUGUUUCUGGUCUCCAUGAUGAGUUUCUGAGUGCAGGCCCCUUGUGUCGCUAUGCUGAAGACCUUCUGCUUAUGACGAGAGUAAUGGCUGGAGCCAAUGCAGACAAGCUCUCUCUGUCUUUAGAAGUGGACUUGAAAAAGCUGCGUUUCUUCACAGUGGUGGAUGAUGGUGGAUCCCCACUGACAUCACCUGUGGACAAACAGCUCAUGCGAGCACAAAGAAAGGUGGUGAGGCAACUAGAGGAAGAUCUGGGAGUCAGAGUUAAGGAUAUUAGCUUCCCCCAGCUGAAGUACUCCUACCAAAUCUUUGACACCUUCCUCGCUCUGCCAGAUAAAGAUGGCAAGCCACCACAGUCAUUUGUGGAGCUGAUGAGUGAUGGAGGGCCCGGUGCGUGGCCACUGUGGGAGCUGAUCAAGUGGUUGUUUGGGAAGUGUGACCACACACUGCCUACCAUUGGUAACAUGCCAGCAAAACCAAACAAAUGUAAAAAAACCCCAAAAACACAGAGCCACGUGUCGAGCCACAGUGGGCCCCUUGCACCACCAGGCUUACCGAUGGACACCGCUUCAGCUUUUUGGUCUUGGGUGCAUUCAGAAUCUUGGAGUUGGGCCCUACUGGUGAGCACUUGCAGUGCCACUCCGUCGCAGUUCAUCCUCCAGCAGAAGGAGACGCUGCAGCGCGAGAUGGACGAGGUACUGGGGACUGACGGAGUGCUCUUGUAUCCGUCUCACCCUCUCCUGGCCCCGAGACACCACCAUCCAAUUUUCACACCAUUUAAUUUCUCUUACACAGGGAUUUUCAAUAUCCUGGGCCUUCCUGUGAGCCAGUGUCCACUAGGGCUGAAUGAGGAGGGUUUGCCGCUGGGUGUGCAGGUUGUAGCAGGGAGACUCCAGGACCACCUGACCUUGGCCAUGGCUCGGUACUUGGAGAGAGCCUUUGGGGGCUGGAGAGAGCCAGCAGCUGAGGCAGCAGGAGCACACAACCUCAGUCAAACCCAGCACCAUGAAAAAUCAUAGACAGGACUCAGCGUCCAUAAUGGAUCCUCUCUUCUUUGAAUGGGAUGUUUUUCUGCUUUUAAUUAGAUAUUUAUUACAUCAUAUUCGGUAUACACAUAAGCCAGACAGAUUGCUGGAUGGCUCUUUGAUUGGUUGCAUUACUUUUAUGCUUACCACAAAUGUUUGUGGACUGGAAAGAGUUUGAACAGUGUGCAAUAAACAAACAUUCAUUGGUAAAA